UCGUCAACGUGACCUUCACUGCCGCGAUUGUGCUGACCCUGUCGUAUUUGACGCAUCACACCAUACACUAAACAUCACGCUGCUUCAUUGCGUCCUCAUGAGCAUGCUGAUUAAGGGAAGUGGUGCGCGCGUGCACGUGAACGUGACAUCCUCGAUGAUGGAUUCUGGUGAGCUGGAGUUCAGGGGUGAUUUUGGAGCGAGCUCCCAGAUACUGGUGGCGGGCAGUACGAUUGUGACGACGUCGGACCACGCCAUUUUAUUUGUGAAGUUUACUCUCAGUGCGAAAAUGACGCUGCUGCUACUUGACAACUACAUCGAGGGGAAUAGGCACGCAGUCUAUUUCAUCAAUGAUGUUGUUGUUGAUGGUGGCGGGAUCAUUGUGAAGGGAAAUACGCUGAGUACAACGAAGGAUGAUGACGGUGUGGAAUCAUCUGUUUGCGUUAAUGCUGUUGCUGUGAAGAACGGCGGCUACUUUGACGUGGAGAACAACACGAUGGGCUCGGCUGUUGGCGUCAUUCUUUUUGGGGAUACUACCGUGAGCUCCGCGGGGCUGCUGCGAGUGGCGGACUGCACCUUCGUUGGCGGGACGGAAAUUUUUGAUCCCGCGCUGGUGUAUUUGUCUGGCUCGGUGACACUCGAGGGUGGUGCGCAGUGGCGUGUGGAGGGAAACAGCGUGGGUGCAGCCUCAGUAUUAACCAUUCAGUAUUCCUGGCAAAGAAUUUAUUUGUCGGGCAGCGGCACCACUGUGGCGCUUGCAAAAAACCGUCAGGUGGAAGGAAACGCACUCUUCGCCAAGCUCUUUAAAUCGAACACGAUUGUUGAGUCACCCGCGCGCUUUGUCGUUGGGUGCAACCUGCAGGGUGAUGAGGAGGUGUCGUACGACGGCGUGUUUCCGGAGGGCGUGGAGGUGUUCAGGUGCGGCACAUGCGACGACGACGCGGCGUGCUACAUGCCCGGGACGGAGUUGGUGGACCGCAGCUCGUGCUCGUGCAGCUGCAAGGACGGAUGGCAUGGCGCGUCGUGUCUUCCCCUCGAGGUGCCCGACGCGGUUGUGCCGCCCGCAGCGGAGAGAGCCGUCGACGGCGACACGAGCUGCGUGGUGAACCAGACGCUGAAGAACCUCACGCUGAAAAUGUGGAAGACGCACCACUGCUACGCGGGUGUGACAUUCAGCGGCAUGGGUGCCGUGCUGACGUUCUUUCUCAACAGCAUGCCGCUGCAUCUCCCCAUCAACAUCACGCUCACUGGGUGCACAUUCCGUGAGGGUGCCGCCCUGCAG